AUGUUAUCCCAAAAUCAGUCCAUGAGUUUGUUCAUUAUACAAGUCCAUCAAGAUUCAGCUUCUCACAAUUUGAUCAGCGCGUUUUUGCUGUAUUACCAGCCAGUCCAGCUUUUUCACGACUUCAUCCACAAUACGACUACAUAUAGACGCUCGUUAAACUGGCCACCUGUAUCGGCUAGUGACCCAAGCCACCGACUUCGCGCGGCGCCAACCCAGAAAACACCUCUGGGAGCGAAAGAAGAGUUCGCUACGAAGGUGAACCCGGAUAUAGUAAAACGAAAUAGCGGUUGGGGUCCUCGGCCUGCCGAAGACAUUGACCUUAGAAGACACGCCCUACGCCUCCAGUGGCAAAUCCAGAUGACGACGAUCAAUAGGGACCUCGAUAGUGCGUGGGGUCAUAAGUUAUGCGAUGACAUCCUCCAGUACACAUAUUUUAAGUGGCGCACAUUGAAGAACCGCUCAUCCUUCGCUGAGAGGCUCUAUCGUGCCUGGCUGGGAUACGAUGGCGCAGAAGAGGUGAGCGAUCUGUGGUCAUGA